AUGAACACCAAGUCGGCCGCCGCUGGGGCUGCCUCCACUUUGUCCUGCCUCGCCCGCGGGGAUGUGAAGCACGCAGCAGCUGAAGCAGUGUUGUCUCGGCUGCAGCAGCAGCAAGACAUCAGCCGCUUUGAAUUUUUGCUGCCUGCUGCUCUCGCGCUGGCCACAGGAGAUGCAGACGCUGCAGUGCAGCUAGCGGGUUUAGGGAUUGUGGAGAAGCUCGCAGCAGCAGGGGACUGGCCAGCAGCAGUUUCUUUUCUUCUUUCGAAAAUUCCAAGUUUGUCUGCUGCAGCAAAAGCAGCAGUUGCUGCUGCAGCAGCAAGAAUAACCGAUGCCAACGCAAACCCCGAGCAAUAUUUGGAGAAGGCCUUCGAGCUUCUCUCAGCAGCCCCACGCGAAACCCCCGAAUUCAUUUGGUGCAGAGCCUCGACGCGGCUUGCUGCUGCUUCCAGCCCUGAGCUGCAGCAAACGGCAGUUCGCGCUGCAAUAGAGGCCUUAAGAAACCCUGGCAUAGAGGCCUCUCUUUUAAGGCUUUGCUGCUACAUACUGGGGACCUUUGCAGUGUGGCUGCGGGGGGCCCCCGGGGGCCCCCCGGGGGCCUCGCAGCUGCUGCUGUCGCAUGUGCGGCUUUUGUGCAGCAGCAGGCUGCAGCCAGUUGAAGUAUAUGGGCAGCCGUGGUGCAUGCAGGAGAGCAGCAGCAGCAGCAGCAGCAGCAGGGCUGCAGCAGCAGCAGCGGCGAAGGCCGAAGCCUGCGGCAUGCUGCUGCUCAGCCUCUGCAAAAUCGCAGCAGCAAACCCUCAGGAAACGCGAGCUGCUGCUGCUGCUGCUGCGCUGCUCGCGCGGCACCCCGACAUAGAAGUGCAGACAAGAGCAAGGGAGUUCAGAGCACUGCUGGAGCAAGGGGACCUGGAGUUUCUUGCUUUUUGUUUGGAAGCAACAGCAACACCGAAGCAGCAGCAGCAGCAGCAGGGCCGCUCGCGUGCUGCUGCUGCUGCUGCUCCAAGGGUUACAGUGGAAGCAGUGGCUGCAGUUGCUGCUGCGCUGGAUGAGUCGAGAGCAGCAGCAGCAGCAGCAGCAGCAGGCCCCAGUGAGAGAAACGGCAGCAGCAUAUCUCCCUCCCCCUCUGACGGCAGCAGCAACAACAGCAGCAGCAGGAGCCACAGCACCGGCAGCAGCAGCAGCAGAAGCGCCAACAGCGGCAGCAGCAGCAGAACCAGCAGCAACGAUUCCAGCCGCAACAGCAGCAGAGACAGCAGCAGCAGCAGGAGCAGCAGCAGAAGCAGCAGCAGCGACACGGCAGCAGAAGGAUCGCGCCUAGCCUCCUUCUUUGCUGCAGCAACAGCAGCAGGAUCUGCCUCUCCAUCGCACUCCGCAGCAGCAGCAGCAACAGCAGCAGCAGCAGCAACACGGAAGAGGGCAUGCAUCUUGAAGAACUCGCUGCUGCUGCAGACGCCGCUGCUGCGGCUGGCAGCAAAGAGGCAGCAGCAAGGCGGCAGCUGUAGGCUGGUGCUGCAGUACACCAACUGCAGCAAGGAAACCCUGCGAGUUCGAAGUGUGUACCGCCCUCCGGCGAAUGGGAGCCUGCCGUGUCAGAUGCAGCAGCAGCAGCUGCUGCUGCAGCCUGGCGGGUCUCAGCAGCAGCAGCUGCUGCUGCAGCUGCUGAUUCCUUUCCUCUCACAGCCGCAGCUUGAGGUGGCUGUUGGGCUCGAAGCAGUAGCAGAAGGCACACAG